AUAGCCAUAGGCAUCUAGCCAGCAAUGGCAGAAGUGGUCAUUGAUGCAAUAUGCUCAAAUGGGUCGUUUCUGGCAAUGGUGACCUCAAGGUCAUCUCCACUGAAGAGGGAUAUGCCAUCAGGGUGUCCAACCUACCAUCAAGGUUCUCCCAUCUGGGCCCUUAUAGCCGCCAGUUAGUCUAUGGAUAUUCUGCUACCACGUUCUCAUAACACCUGGGGUACCUAAAUAUGACUGCUGGCGAGAUGAGCGAUAUCCGGGUCCACGACGUCGUAAUUAUCGGCGCUGGACCCUGUGGCCUUGCUGUUGCAGCGCGAUUGUCCGAACGCAUGCCGGCAGCGAACUUCUCAGACGAUGAACAUCAAAGGUACCAUUGGAUUAAGAAACACCGAAAUCAGGCCAGCAUCAAAAACUACAAGACGGGAUUCGAGACGCGCCGAAAAUCGCCUACCGCUUCAUCAGGUAUUGCUAGCCUAGACCUUUUAGUGCUCGAUGCUACAGACAACUGUUGGAUGGCACGAUGGGAUACCCUAUUCAAGACCUUCGAUAUCUCUCACCUCCGAAGUCCAAUGUUUUUCCAUGUCGACCCAGCUGAACGAGAUGGCCUACUGGCAUUUACAUAUAGAAAUGAUAGAGGGAAUGAACUCACAGAGCUUCGGGGCUGCGUCGGCAAGGAAUUAAGUAAACACCAAAGAAAGAAGAGGGAGAGGGCUGGGAAAAUACCACGGACAGAACCCACUGUUGACGAGCGUGAUCGAAACGAUUAUUUCGUUCCUUCGACGCCCCUUUUCGCUUCCCAUUGCGGAUGUCUUAUGGACCGCUAUGGAUUACGCGGCAAUAUCGUCAGCCAUGAAAAAGUAGACGACAUUCGCUAUGACUACCUUGAAGAUGUCUCCGAAGUCGACAAGGUCUUUACCGUCCGAACAGAUAGGGGUACUCACUACGCAAAGACCGUGGUGUUGGCCGUGGGCGGUAACCCACCCCAGAUCCCCGGCAAUAUCUCAGAGGGGGCGGAGGGAGCAACUCACGCCAUGCAUAUUAAGGAAUUCCCGUCUUCUCACGUUAAAGCGAAACUGAAUACCAGAUCCCCUGUUAACAUCGUGAUUGUCGGAGGAGGUUUAACCUCGGCUCAGUUGUCCGACCUAGCUAUUCGUCGCGGGGUAAACAAGGUGUGGCUGUUGAUGCGUGGGCCCCUUAAAGUGAAAUAUUUCGAUAUAGGGCUCGAAUGGGUGGGCAAGUUCCGAAACUUCGAGCAAGCCGCCUUCUGGACAUCCGAUUCUGCUGAAGAGCGAUGGGAGAAGAUAAUGACUGCUCGUAACGGGGGUAGUAUUACUCCGGCAUACAAGAAAGUUCUCGAGCGGCAUAUAUCUACUGGUCGAUUGUCCCUACUGCAGAACACCACGAUUAAGGAUAAGAGUUGGGACCCGUGCUCCAAGACUUGGACGGUGUCGCUAUCGGAUGAGAGUCAAGAACUCCCUCGGAUCGACCAUAUCUACUUCGCAACUGGCGUUCAGGGUAACUUCGAAUGCCUUCCUUUCUUGAAGUCCAUGUGCACCGAUUAUCCCAUUGAAAACUGUGGGGGCAUGCCUUGUAUUACAGAGAAUAUGGCGGUAAGCAUGUUCUAGAUUUGCUUACAUAUUAUUUAUCCCCGAAAGUCUCGUUGUCGGUUCUGGUAGUUGUUAUUGAUGCUCCCUGGUCUGGCGUUAUUCGUGUCCUCUUUUCUACCCCAGUCAUAUAACACAGCUAACUCAGCUUACUGCAGUGGAGAGACGACGUCCCCAUGUUCCUAGCUGGCAGGCUUGCUGCGUUGCAGCUGGGACCCGGCGCCCCAAACCUAAUCGGUGCUAGGAUUGGAGCCGAGAGG